AUGGACGAGGCGGUGGGCGACCUGAAGCAGGCGCUGCCCUGCGUAGCGGAGUCGCAGACCGUGCACGUGGAGGUGCGCCAGCGCGGCAGCAGCACUGCAAAAACGGAAGACAUAAAGCUGAGCGUCAGGAAGCUGCUGAACAGGCACAACAUUGUGUUUGGCGAUUACACGUGGACGGAGUUCGACGAGCCUUUUCUGACCAGAAACGUGCAGUCUGUGUCCAUCGUUGACACAGAGCUGAAGGCUAAAGGCCCCCAGCCCAUCAAUCUAAGCACAUGCACGGUCAUGAUGCACAUCUUCCAGCUGAAUGAAGAUGGUCCCAGCAGUGAAAACCUGGAGGAAGAGUCAGAAAGCAUCAUUGCAGCAAACCACUGGAUUCUGCCUGCAGUGGAAUUCCAUGGCCUGUGGGACAGCCUGGUGUACGACGUGGAAGUGAAGGCACACCUCCUUGACUACGUAAUGACGACCUUACUGUUUUCAGAGAAAAACGUCGACAGCAACCUCAUAGCCUGGAACCGCGUCGUGCUGCUGCACGGUCCCCCAGGAACUGGGAAAACGUCCCUGUGUAAAGCACUAGCCCAGAAACUGACCAUCAGGCUCUCAAACAGGUACCGCUACGGCCAGCUGAUUGAGAUCAACAGUCACAGCCUCUUCUCCAAGUGGUUUUCAGAAAGUGGCAAGCUGGUGACCAAAAUGUUCCAGAAGAUUCAAGAUCUGAUAGACAACAAAGAUGCCCUGGUGUUUGUGCUUAUUGACGAGGUGGAGAGUCUCACAGCAGCCCGCAAUGCCUGCAGGGCAGGCACAGAGCCAUCAGAUGCCAUCCGCGUGGUCAAUGCUGUCCUGACCCAGAUUGACCAGAUCAAGAGGUAA